AAUGGGACUUUGCCAAAGUGAAGAAGAGAAAAAACAAACAAAAAAUAGUAAAAUGAUCGACAAAAGUAUACGUGAAAUUGCUGAAGGGGAGGAUAAACAAAUUAAAUUACUUUUACUUGGUGCCGGAGAAUGCGGUAAAAGUACAUUAAUGAAACAAAUGAGAAUUCUUCACAGCGAUGGAUUUACUGAAGAAGAACUUUUACAACAAAGAUCUGUUGUUUAUUCAAAUACUGUUCAUGCAAUGGCCGAACUUCUUAGAGGAAUGAAUUUAUAUAAAAUUGGAUUUACAGAACCGAAAAGAAUGGUAAAAUAUUUAAAAUAA